AUGCCUCUCGGGAUCCAUAACCCCCUACCGUCGUCUUUGAGCAGUGAAUGCAAAAAGGCGGCAAAGAUUUUGACCUCUUUUGUGGACCCAAAGCAGGCUUUUGGUCCAGACAAGGUCAUUCCACCAGAUGUCUUGUCAAAUGCAAAGGGCUUGGCGAUUCUGACGGUUUUGAAAGCCGGAUUCAUUGGCUCUGGUCGAUUCGGAUCGGGUAUCGUUGUUGCUCGCCUUGCUGAUGGCACCUGGUCGGCUCCAUCAGCCAUUAUCACCGCCGGUGCGGGUGUUGGUGGCCAGAUCGGAUUCGAACUGACUGACUUCGUCUUCAUCCUGAACGAUGCCUCGGCCGUCCGCGCGUUCUCACAAUUCGGCACACUUACAUUGGGUGGCAAUGUCUCACUCGCCGCAGGACCGGUCGGUCGAAAUGCCGAAGCCGCUGGUGCAGCUAGCACCAAGGGUGUCGCGGCUGUUUUCUCGUACUCGAAGACCAAGGGUCUGUUUGCGGGUGUAAGUUUGGAGGGAAGUAUGCUGGUGGAGCGCAAGGAUGCGAACGAGAAGAUGUAUCAAAGUCGAGUCUCGGCCAGUCAGCUUCUCACUGGUAGUGUUCGACCACCACCAUCCACCGAUGCCCUGAUGCGCGUCCUCGAAUCACGUAUCUUCCAAGGCAACGUCCGAGCACAGGGCGCUGCGAUGUAUAACGAUGUGCCAGUUUAUGAUGAUAGCCAUGACAAUGUGGUCUGGGAGGGUCGACAGGGCUCAGCCUUCGGCCAAGGUGUGCAACGGGAACGAUCCAACACCCAGGACAACUACGAAUAUCGCGAUAGCCCAAGACGCACAAACACCUGGGCGGAUGAUACCUAUGAUCGGCCAGCAGGAGGCUUAGGUCGUUCAGCAACAACACGAGCCCCGCCUCCUGAUACAUAUGAUAAUUCUGGGCGUGGUCGGAGCAACACAUAUGAAAACAACGACUAUUCCUACUCAGACCGUCGGCCAACCCGACCUAGCGCUCCUAAGCCGGUCUUUGGGCAGAAGACAGGUGCAGGUGCGGGACUGCGGCAGGACCAGGUGGUCGCACUUUUUACAUUUGAUGCGGACCAGGAAGGUGAUUUGGGAUUCAAGAAGGGCGAGAUUAUUACGAUCAUCAAACGAACUGAGAAGGCAGAGGAUUGGUGGACUGGACGUGUCGGCGAUCGUGUCGGUAUUUUCCCUAGCAACUACGUCGAUACUACCUCCUAA